AUGAAAAGACGAAGCAGUGGAAGGGGAAGGAGAGAAGCCGUAUUCGUUGGAAGUGAUAGGUUCCAUUUGUGGAGCAAAGCCGCACAAAGACCCAACACAGACACCUUGCGAUUGUUCAAUAACCAGCAUUUGGAAAUGGGAUCCAACGUGGAGCUGGUAUGGCCAGAGUCAGAGGCAUAUUCCUCACGGGUGAACAACUGCUCACAUGCAAAUUCAUCCCUAGCUGUAAUUCGAGCGAAGUUGAGUGCCGAACAAUUAGAACAAUUCAAGACAUCAUGCUUUGGCCAUCUUCUGAAUAUAGAUAAGAUUCAGUUUAGCGGGCAGAUUGUGCAUGGGGUUGUGUUGCGUAGAGUAGCGGGGCAGGGUGUGAAAGACUUGGAUGGACUGAGUUUCUUAAUAGGGUGCGACGUUGCUCAGUUCACUCGUCAGGAUUUCUGUUUGAUCUCAGGGCUUCGUUUUGGGGAAGUGCCUGAAGUUUUCAGUGGAGAAAGUGAUGAAAUUAGACUUCAGAAAAGAUAUUUUAUAGACGAAGGAAUUACAUGUAAUGCUUUAGAAGAAGCAUUUGUGAGGUGCACAGAGGAAGAUGACGUCUACAAGCUAGCUCUUGUUUACUUUGCUGAGUUAGUGGUUUUGGGAAGGGACAAACUUUUGAACAUCAAUCUAAAUUACCUGACCCUUGUAGAGGACUUGGAUGCGUUCAACAGGUUUCUAUGGGGUUCGGUGUCGUUUGACAAAACCCAAGACAGUCUGUUUUCUGCACCAACAAAGUAUGUGAAAAGCUUUGAAAAUGAAGAGGGAAGACGGAAGGGGAAAAGUAAGGUAACCGGAACAAGCCGGAGAAAUGAGAAGGGCAAGAAGGAUAACCAUGGUGAAGUGCAAAUGGGUGGCUGGAGUUUUAAAGGUUUCACGUAUGCUUUCCAGAUUUGGGUAUAUGAAUUAAUUCCUAGAAUGGCGGACCUGAAUUACUGCAAGGUUGUUGAUCCGACAGCUCUCUCGCGUAUUUUGCGAUGGAGAACUACUACGUCUGUUCCCGAGAUGAGAAAGUUGAACAAUUAUUUUUUCCAGAGCAAAGAGUCAGUUCAGUUGCGGGCGCUAUGUCCAAGUGAAGAGGAAAUGAGACAACCAUAUUGGAGUUGGCCACAGGGUCGCCCUGUUGUUGUCUCGGCAGAGUCAAUUCCUUCUUCAUGUGCUGACCUUGAUGAGUUGAACAAGGCGGUAAGCUUGUUGAGGUCCGAGUUGUUUCAAGUAAAGCGGGAAAAGGACGUCCUUGAGUUAAAGGUCAUACGGAUGGAAAAAAUUUUGGACCACUGUUUAGGUCCUCAUUUUGUGCAGGAAAUGAGAAGGGACAUAGCUUUACUGAAAGAGAGGACGAAUCGUUGUGUCGUGUCACAUCUAUUUAAGGGAUAUGAGGAAGUGAAUGGCAUGCAAUGGGAUGAAGGGCCAAGUAAUAGAAAUGAAGGAGAGGAAAAUGAAGAUGAGGACAUUGAAGGGGGUGAAGGGCCAAAUAACAGAAAUGAGGGAGAGGACAAGGAAGAGGAGGGGAUUGAAAGGGGUGAAGGGGCAAGUAAGACAAAUGAGGGAGAGGAAAAGGAAGAGGAGGGGAUUGAAGGGGGUGAAGUGCCAAGUAAGAGAAAUGAGGGAGAGGAAAAGGAAGAGGAGGGGAUUGAAGGAGGUGAAGUGCAAAGAAAACCAAGGGAGGUAGAGGAAGCUCAAAGGAAAAGAAGUGAGGGAGAGCAAGUGAAAAUAAAAAGCAGCAAAGGAGAGGAAGUGCAAAGAAAGAGCAUUGAGGGAGAGGAAGAACUGCAAAGAAAAAGCAGUGAGGGAGAGGAAGAAAAAAAAAAAAAAAAGAAGGGCAAGGAAGUGAAAAGACAGAGAAGUGAGGAAAAGGAAGUGCAAAGAAACCAAUGUGAGGAAGAGGAUGAUGAAGUUAUGUUGGUUGGCGAUGACAUUGGCGAGAGCACGGAGGGGACAAAGGUUGAGGUUACUCUUGGGGACAUUGAUUUGGAUCAACCUACAGCUGUGUUAUCUCAGUUGAACGUUUGGUUGAAUGAUGAAGGUCAAGGUGUGGAACGAGGGGUCCAAUUACGAAAGAGGAAGAGGAUUAUUCCUAUGUGGAAGAUCGUUGAAGCUAGUGAAGUGGUUCAAAAAAAUUUGCCAAAGACAACCGGACUUCGGACGUUAGACCCAAUGAAGGCGAUUCCGCAUGAUGAUAUGGUGAAAUUGCUGAAACUUUGUUCAGAAUGGCGCCAUAACCCAAAUUUGGUGAUGAAAUUUGGCAACAUGGAAGCUAAGAUUGAAUUCUUCGCUUCCCUCGUCAAAGCUGACGGUUGGCUGAAAGGAGAUGUAAAUGUUGUGCUACCUGACGUACACGUUGAAGGCCCGCCAACUUCUACAGGACGACCCAUACGUACCAACCCCCGUUCUCCUCCUUCCCCUCCCCCUGCACGCUGCCAGCUGUUGGAAAGUCACCCCUUUUCAGGACACUGA